AUGGAACACAACGCAGGACCGGGAGGUGGCUUCCCGCUUCCCGACGCACCAUGGUAUUCGAGUAGCUCUCAUUUAUCUGGCCACCUGAGCGGGAGUUCCCUGGGCAUAAAUAACAUUUUGGAUCAUACUGAGGCAGAUCAGGGUUAUAUGGUGGUUCUGUUUGACCCUGCCAAGGCCGAUUAUUGCGAUGAGGGGAAACCAGGACAUGCUCGCCG